AUGCUGGAAGAAUCGGCCGAUGGCCUCCUAGGGUGGAUGUUAUCACAUGAGGCCAACCUGGGUUUUUAUGGUCAUAAAAUCAAUAACUCGAUUAUAGAGCCGAGGGUGCCAUGGGAGGCCAUCGAAAGCAAAGAGGCAAUAGUGCACUUGUAUGAGGAGGGUGGCCUAGGUGACACAACGGACGAUGUUGAUGACAACGAUGACCAUGAAGAAGAAAGCAUCUAUGAGAAGGAUGGGCAAAGUGAAACGACUGAUGAUAUUGAUGACAACUAUGACAAUGAAGAAGAAUGCAUCUGUGAGAAGGAUGGGCAGAGUGAAACAACUUAUAAUAUCAAUGACAACUAUGGCAGUGAAGAAGAAAGCAUCUAUAAGGAGGAUGUCCAGGGCCAAACGACCAAUGCCAGUGAUGAUAACGACCUCAGUGAAAGAGAUACACAUCAAGAUGAAGAUGAAGAAUCCGAAAGUGCCGAUGGUUCUCAGUACUCUUGGAACUCAGCCGAGGACAACUUCAUCGACCUGAAUCAAAGUGAUGCCCGCCAAGAGGAACAAGGACAUGCGCAUUGGAGAAUCAUGGGACUGCAUCCAUACAAGGAUGUGUUCCUUCUCUGCCACAUAUGGGGCCAUGUUGUGGCGUACCACCCUAACAGCUCCAGAAUGCAGUAUUUGGGCACGAGGCUUGUUAGAGAUGACACCCAACAAACUCGAGGCAUCUAUCAUCCGGGAGGCAAUCUUAUAUGUGCCAGUCAACCCGCAAGGAUCACCUCCAUCCUUACGCUACUCUCGUUGCUGCUCCUUUCUUGCGGAGUCGGCAGCAUCCGCUGCUCCUCCUCAACGAAGACAAUCCAUGAUAACAGCACAGACAUGAUGUCGCUGCUAGAUUUCAAGCGGGCCAUCACCAACGACCCAAGUCAAGCCUUGAGAUCUUGGGACCUCGGCGUCCCCCUUUGCGGAUGGAACGGCGUCGUCUACAGCGGCCUGGAGCACCCGGGGCGAGUCAUCGAGCUGAACCUUAUGAACCUAUCUUUGUCGGGCACGAUUUCACCAUCCCUCGGGAAUCUAUCAUUCCUUAGGAGACUGGACCUGUCCAUUAAUGGCUUCACCGGCGAGAUACCUCCUCUCAACCGUCUCCAAAGAUUGGAGGACCUUCUCUUGGGACAGAACUCACUGCGAGGGACCAUUCCGGAUACUCUUACAAACGGCUCCAAUCUAUACAAACUAUUCCUGUCUAGCAACUUACUAAUAGGAGAAGUUCCCAGUGGUAUAGGCCGCCUAUCCAAUCUAUUGUUGUUAUUUCUUGGAGGAAAUAAUCUCACCGGAGAAAUCCCACCAAGCCUAAACAACAGCAGUCAGCUUGAAUACAUCUUGCUUGCUGAUAAUAAGCUCACCGGAACCAUUCCUGAUGAGUUGGGAAAACUCCCAAAUCUUUCUGAAUUAAACCUUGCUGAAAAUAGGCUAUCAGGUGGAAUCCCGGAAACCCUGUACAAAUACAAUCAGUCUUCUCUCAGAUAUCUAUUCUUAGAUUCCAAUAUGCUUGGGAAAACACUGCCAUCUAACUUUGGUGAUACCAUCCUGAAUCUUAAAGUUCUCACAUUGUACGAAAAUAAUUUUGAAGGUCAUCUCCCAGCAUCACUAGGCAAUAUUUCAGGGCUAAAGUGGUUAGACUUGUCAUUCAACAAUUUCGUUGGUCAAGUUCAAAUUUCUUUUGGUAAUCUUGGACUCUUACAACACCUAGACCUUCAGCAAAACAAUUUGAUGGGCUUCAUCCCAAGAGAGCUGAGUGGCUUGCAACACCUCACCAAUCUGUAUCUAUCUGAUAAUAAUUUGGAAGGUGGGGUACCAUGA